GGGCUUCGGCCGGCUAAGCCGCCGCCACCCGCGGUCGGAGGAACCGGAGAGCGGGGCCGGGAGCCGCGAGGAGCUCCAGACGGCGCGGAGCGCGAAAGCGGGCGUGCUCGGAGUGGUCGCGCGGGCGUUCGCCGUCCCCCCUCAGUCUCCGCACUUGCAGGUCCCCUCCCUCUCUGCCGGGACGCGGGAGAGCCCGGUUCGCGGCGGGGGCGGCCAAUGCGAAACUGGCUGGUGCUGCUGUGCCCGUGUGUGCUCGGGGCCGCGCUGCACCUCUGGCUGCGGCUGCGCUCCCCGCCGCCCGCCCGCGCCUCCGGGGCCGGCCCUGCAGAUCAGUUGGCCUUAUUUCCUCAGUGGAAAUCUAGUCACUAUGAUGUGGUAGUUGGCGUGUUGUCAGCUCGCAAUAACCAUGAACUUCGAAACGUGAUAAGAAACACGUGGCUGAGGCAUUUGCUAAAGCAUCCCACAUUAAGUCAACGUGUGCUUGUGAAGUUCAUAAUAGGUGCUCAUGGCUGUGAAGUGCCUGUGGAAGACAGGGAGGAUCCUUACUCCUGUAAACUACUCAACAUCACAAACCCAGUUUUGAAUCAGGAAAUUGAAGCAUUCAGUCUGUCCGAAGAGACUUCAUCAGGGCUCUCUGAGGAUCGAGUUGUCAGUGUGAGUUUCCGAGUUCUCUACCCCAUCGUUAUUACCAGUCUUGGAGUGUUCUAUGAUGCCAACAAUGUGGGUUUCCAGAGGAACAUCACCGUCAAACUUUAUCAGGCAGAACAAGAGGAGGCCCUCUUCAUUGCUCGCUUCAGUCCUCCGAGCUGUGGUGUGCAGGUGAACAAGCUGUGGUACAAGCCCGUGGAACAGUUCAUCUUACCAGAGAGCUUUGAAGGUACAAUCGUGUGGGAAAGCCAAGACCUCCAUGGCCUUGUGUCAAGAAAUCUUCACAAAGUGACAGUGAAUGAUGGAGGGGGAGUUCUCAGAGUCAUUACAGCUGGGGAGGGUGCAUUGCCUCAUGAAUUCUUGGAAGGUGUGGAGGGAGUUGCAGGCGGUUUUAUAUAUACUAUUCAGGAAGGUGAUACUCUCUUACACAACCUUCAUUCUCGGCCUCAAAGACUUGUUGAUCAUACAAGGAAUCUCCAUGAGGAGGACGCCUUACUGAAGGAGGAAAGCAGCAUCUAUGAUGAUAUUGUUUUUGUGGAUGUUAUCGACACUUACCGUAAUGUUCCUGCAAAAUUACUGAACUUCUAUAGAUGGACUGUGGAAACAACCAGCUUCAAUUUGUUGCUGAAGACAGAUGACGACUGUUACAUAGACCUCGAAGCUGUAUUUAAUAGGAUUGCCCAAAAGAAUCUGGAUGGGCCUAAUUUUUGGUGGGGAAAUUUCAGACUGAAUUGGGCAGUUGACCGAACCGGCAAGUGGCAGGAGUUGGAGUACCCCAGCCCCGCUUACCCUGCCUUUGCAUGUGGGUCAGGGUACGUGAUCUCUAAGGACAUCGUCAAGUGGCUGGCAAGCAACUCGGGGAGGUUAAAGACCUAUCAGGGUGAAGAUGUAAGCAUGGGCAUCUGGAUGGCAGCCAUAGGACCUAAAAGAUACCAGUUUUUUAGUAGAAGGAACCUACAAACUCUGCCACUAGAGUGGAAAGAAGCAAUAAUGUGCAGUGCGUACUCCGAAGCAGCUCUUACUUGUGAUAUCUGAUUGUCAUUUACUACAAGGUACCGCAAGGACGGGAACAUGGAUGUUUUGCACCCUAUAAAAAGGAGAAUUCAGUUACACAGUAGAAGUGAAGGAAGCAGCUGAAGUAUGGGGGGCGAGGUGGAACUGUACCAAUCUUAUAUACCGAUUCCAGCAUCCGGAAAAUGUAUCGAAGAAAUUCCAAUGUCAGAGAGGAUUAAUUGUUCUAACCUGAAAUUUAAGAUGUAAAAUUUGAUUACAAAAAACAAUAUAAAAUGCUACGGGGUAUCAACCAGAUGAGGGUCAUAAAGUUUUUCCUAUACGCUGGGUUUUUAAUCCCAUGUAAAAUACUUAGAAACCAUAAAGUCCAACUUAGGACAAGCAACGUGAACUCCUGAUACUACAUUCUAAUGAUUCUACAGUCACUUGAUGGCUCUUCAGUGCCUACUGCUUUGUCAGGUGCUAACUGGCUCUCAGGAAAGAGACAUGGUCUCCUGGUGAAGUUCAGUGAAUGAAGACCGCUGGCAUUCUCACCAGGGUCAGAUUAUCUGGUACAGACAGAGUCCACAUUAUACAGGGUUCACAAGUAAAUUCUCUAAAUGAAUUCAAAUGAAAAUUUCCCAAAGGGAAUUACUCAAUUUAGAAAUUCCAUCAUCGUGAUCACGUUUCUAUUGAGAAAGCAUACAGAGCAUACAAAAAUUCCUUCACUAAGAAUUGACAACGCUAUUGUAUCACGCAUUUAGGGGUAAAUUACCUGGGCAGGUGGGCUAUCAGAAAUAGCUGAUUUUCAUCAAUUAAUUGAUUAGAGGAAAGGUCUAAUAACUUGAUUGUCUGGAGAACAUCUGUUGGCCUGUAUGGAAAAUAAAAUGUUUUUCACCAUGAAUUUAUCUCUCAUUUUCAAAGAUAACGCAUUAAAAUACCUGCAUUUGGUGUGCUGAAGGGCUGGGAGUAAGAGGCAAGAGGAUGCGACUGUCAAAGACCCUGAGUGGUCCCCGUGGAGAUGCACACAUACCCAACUCCAUCACUGUCACACCGAGCACGUAAUCCCAUAUCAGUUUUGUAACUUGUCACCAAUGGGGGAACCUGGAUACAGGGGAUCUCUGUGUAUUAUUUUUU